AUGGCGAGGUCGUCGUCGUCCAAGCUUGCGUUCCUGGCUGUGCUCGUCCUGCUGCUGCAGGCAUCGUCGCUCGCCGUGGCCCGGCGCCACCACCACGACGAGCCUGACCCGUGCCGCGACGGCGCCCCGGGCCUGCUGGGCCACAAGGACCACCGCUGCUCGUCCCCGGCGGUGUCGCCGCACGGCGGCACGCGCGCGGUGAUGACGGUGAACGGGUUCGACAAGGGCGAGGACGGCGGGGGCCCGUCGGAGUGCGACGGCAAGUACCACCACGACAGCGAGAUGCUCGCGGCGCUGUCGACGAGGUGGUACGCCGACGGGCGGCGGUGCCACAAGGCGAUCCGCAUCACGAGCGCGCACAACGGGCGCACCGUUGUGGCACGGGUCGUCGACGAGUGCGACUCCCGGCACGGCUGCAAGGACAACAUCGUCGACACGUCCAAGGCCGUCUGGAAAGCGCUCGGGCUCGACACCAAGAUCGGCGAGGUCCCCGUUACCUGGUCCGAUGCCUGAUGAAGAA